UCAUUCACUAAGAGUAGAAGUAAAAAUGCUCCGGGAAAUCGAUCUGAUAUUGGAUGGAAACAUGGGUUUGACGUUAACGGUAAUGGAAGAAAAGUGAAAUGUAACUAUUGCUCAAAGAUUGAGUGGAGGUAUAUUUAGAUUUAAACACCAUCUUGCUGGAACAAGGGAGGAUUCUGAACCUUGUACUUCUGUUUCAGAUGAAAUAAAAAAUUUGAUGAUAAAAAUAGUUGUUGAAGCCAAGAAUGCAUCAUUAAAGAAAAGAAAGAUAAAUAUCGAUGAAGACGAGGAAGAAAAUGAGAGUCUUGAAGGAGGACACAAGAUAUUCAGUUUUAAAGGAAAACAAAAAGUUGCUACUGCUAGCAAGGGAGGAGUCCAAGCAAUUAUAAGUCAAAUGAUGAAAAAAGGAUACAAAGAAGAAGUUGAUGCUCAAGUGGCUGAAUUCUUUUACACCAGUGCCAUUCCUUUUAAUGUAAUUAGAAAUCCAGCAUUUGCAAAAAUGUGUGAAAUGAUUGGUAAGUAUGGAGUUGGAUACAAACCACCAUCUUAUCAUGACAUUAGAGAAAAGCUGUUGAAACAAGCUGUGAAUAAAACAGAUGAAAUCCUUGAGGAUUAUAAGGAGGAGUGGAAGAAAACUGGAUGUACAAUUAUGACUGAUGGUUGGACAGAUAAAAAAAGACGUUCUAUUUGCAACUUCUUGGUGAAUAGUCCUAAAGGGACGAUUUUUCUUUAUUCACUUGACACUUCAGACAUAUCAAAAACAGCUGAUAAAGUUUUCAAAAUGUUAGAUGAUGUUGUUGAGUUUGUUGGAGAAGAAAAUGUUGUUCAAGUUGUCACUGAUAAUGCUGCAAAUUUCAAGGUAGUUGGAGAGUUAUUGAUGCAAAAGAGGGAAAGAUUGUAUUGGACUCCAUGCGCAGCACAUUGCAUUGAUUUGAUAUUUGAAGAUUUUGAAAAAAAUUUAAAGGUCCAUGAAUUGACAAUUAAGAAGGGAAGAAAGAUUACCACCUACAUUUAUGGAAGAUCAAUGUUGAUUUCCUUGUUGAAAAAGUUCACUAAAGGUAGAGACUUGAUAAGACCGGGUGUGACUAGAUUUGCCACAACUUAUUUAACUCUUGCUUGUCUUCAUGAAUUGAAGGCAUCGUUGUUGACCAUGUUUAGCUCUAAAGAGUGGAAGACAAGCAAGUUUGGAACUUCACUAGAGGGCAGAAAAGUAGAAUAUGUGGUAUUAGAUAGUCGGUUCUGGAAGAAUGUCUCCAUAUGCCUGAAAGUUGCUGCCCCUCUUAUGGUGGUAUUAAGAUUAGUAGACUCAGAUGUAAAACCCGCAAUGGGUUUCAUUUAUGAAGAGAUGGAUUGUGCAAAAGAGAAGAUUAGGUCUAACUUUAACAAUAUCAAAAAGAGUUAUGAAGAGGUUUGGAGAAUAAUUGAUGCUCGAUGGGAUAAUCAACUUCAUAGGCCUUUGCAUGCAGCUGCCUAUUUUCUGAACCCCCGUUUCAACUAUGAACCUAACUUUAGAAGUGAUGAUGGUGGAGAGGUGAAAGAAGGAUUGUAUUUUUGCAUGAGAAGAUUGAUACCAGAUAUGGCAGAAAGAAGAAAAAUUAAUUUACAAAUUGUUGAAUUUCAUAAUGCUAGAGGACUUUUUGGAAUGGAAGAUGCAAAGGAGUGUAGGAAAGAGUUAAAUCCUAGGGAAUGGUGGGACAUGUUUGGUGAUGGAACUCCAGAGUUGAAGAGAUUUGUUAUUCGAAUUCUAAGCUUGACUUGUAGUUCUUCUGGAUGUGAGCGUAACUUGAGCUCAUUUGAAAUGCUGAAAAGUAGACAAAUUCGAAAAACUGUAGCUCUUCCAUUUGAUGACAUUGAAUCAGAUGAUGAAUGGAUAGCUGAAGAGACAGAUGAUGUUGUUGAGAUGGAUCAAGUUGAAGGUGAAAAUGAUGGUGAAAAUGUUCACUUAGAUGAAGCAACAACAAAUCCUGCUCUAGAUGCUCUUGAUCUUGAUAAUAUAACAUUUGGGAACAACGAGGAUGCACAACAUUGUUCCAACCAAGGUUAUUCCGAAAACUACACAAUUGACCCACGAAGGAACAAAGGGGAGCCAUUCAGCCAAAGCGGGGGAGUACAGACCAAGUUUUUGUACAAAAACACCUCACCUUCUCCCAAUCUAACACCUCAACAGGCCUAA